UGUAAUUAACGAUAACGAUGAUGAAGAUUCGGAUGAUGAAAGUGAUGAAUAUUCAUCAUCAUCAUCAUCGAUACAACCAGAGCAACAACAACAUCAAAUUAAACAACAGCCAAUCUAUGAAGUAAUAAUCAAUGAAGAGGAAAAAGAUUUACCAAAAAAAUUAUUUCAGGUUAAAGCAUUGAUGAUCAAUGAUUCAAAUGGUACAAUAUCGACAUCGACGACGAUUAAUCAAAGAAAAUCUGGUCAAAAUAUCGAUGGUGGUGGUGGUGGAUUAAUGUUCAUUCUAAGUGGCAAUGGUGUUGAUUAUGAACAUCCGGAAAAAAGUAAAUUUGCAAUCAAUACAUUUACUGGUGAAUUGUUUUUAAUUUCACCAUUAAAUCGUGAUCCACCUGAUGGUCGUGAACAAUAUCGUUUACAAAUACAAGCUGAAGAUGAACAUUCGGAAAAAAUUAAUGGUUCAAUAACAAUUUUGAUACGUGUACGUGAUAUUAAUGAUAAUCAACCAUAUUUUGAACAAAAUGAAUACCGAGCACAAGUAAAAGAAAAUCUUGCCGCCGGUAUUGAUAUAAUACGUUUGACGGCUAUUGAUUUGGAUCCAGAUUCAAUCCUUCGUUAUUCAAUCGAAGUUAAUCGUGUUAAUUCAGAUGGUGAUCUAAUUUUUGAUAUUGAUGAAUUAAGUGGUCUAAUAUCAACAGCUGUUUGUUGUUUAGAUCGUGAAUCAAUUGCACAAUAUACAAUUAAAAUAUGUGCAACUGAUCGUUCCAUUAAUGGUGGUGAUCAUCAUCAACAACAACAAUCACCAUCGAUACAAUCGAUUGUGCAACAACAACAAUCGAUGAUAAAUCAAUCAUCAUGUACAAAUGUUAAAAUCAAAUGA